GAUGUUUUUCUUUUAGAAAACAGUCUAUACAUUUUCUGAUGUAGAAACACUAGAAACUUUAUCACAAUCUUUAUCUAUUUUUAUUGGACUUUUUUAAAGCAGUCGCGUGUAGUGAAAUAUUAAUCGAUAUGGUAUAGUAAAUACACACAUCAACAUAUGUAACACGAAGGAGGCUCGACACGAGUUUGAACCAGACUGGCCGUUAUGGAAAAAGAGAAGAUGCAAGGCUUCUUUAGGUUUAGUGUAUGGAAUGAAGCAGACUCGAUGCUUGUUUUUGUGUGUAAAUGUGUUCUUGGAAUCAUGUGGGACUGAUGUUGUAUGGGUUAUAUUAGUGAUGUGAUCGACCAAAGGCGUAAGAUCACUCCAAAUUUCGAGUAAAAAUUAGAAUCCGAAGCAACUGGCGUACCUGGUGACACUAGUAGGGUAUAUGGAUGGCCGUUCAACUUUUAGCAUUCAGAUAGCAAUUAUUCCCCCUCCAUUGAAUUAUUUCCACUAAUAAUAUGUCCUCGGACUUUUGUAUUUUACGUAAGCGGAAAUACAUGAUUUUUUAUUUUAUACACUUAUUCAAUUUAUACAAAAGCAAAAUUAUGGAAAAAUGAUGUCUAGUGAAUAUUAAAUGACCUCUUGAAUUUAAAUAGCAAUAAAAGUAGUUACAUUGAAAACAAGUCAUAUUUAUUUACAAUCAAUCUGAUUAGAAUUAUAAAAACUUUAUAGUUGAAUUAAAACUAGAUGAUAAAAAUCGUCAGGUGAAAUUAAUAAAAUUAUUGCAUAACAAUAUCGCACUUCUAAACAAUGGAAACAAAACUUAAUUCAUGAGCACCAAGAGAAAAUAGUCAUCGACUUUGACUAUGUGACUAAAGAUAAUUAUAAAGUGUAUCAUCGAACCUCAAUGAUGAGAUACAAAUGUUACUGAUUUGAAUAAAAAAUAAUGACAUUAAUGAUUUCUGAGUUAUUUUAAUGUUUUAAAAAUUAUACAAAUUAUGACGAAUAACUGUAAUUUGCCACACUUAAUUUCAUGGACAUAAUUAUGUUUACAUUCAAAAGCCGCUUUGUAGUUUACCAAAAUAAUAGUCUCCUAACUUAUAUUACAUAAUAGUAAUUUAACAUUAGUAGUUUAUUACGAUUCGUUGAAUUUAUAUUGCUAUUAUUCUUCAAUUCAGCUUAUGUGAAAUCAAUGGAAAUGAAAUAUUCAGAGCAUUGCAUAAUUAGCAUUAGAAUACUGAAUAAUUACGCUCCAAAAUAUACGUAAUUACUCUAAUGUUGAUAUUCAUAUUUUAAAAAAAUGUCACUUGUACUUUCAAUCGACUAUAAAAGGAUCUAAUUAUAGUGCUGAUAGAGUUUGGCUAGUUGGUGAAUUGGAUUGAAUAAAGAAUAUAAGAAUCAAAAGGUCAUGAGAUUUGCAUCCAUUUCGUUUGUAUUUUUAUUCAUUUGGUGCACGACUGGUGUUGUUGAAUCACAUUCAGUGAUGACGCACGCCUCUUUGGACGUUGGCAAUAUAAUAUCUGUAGUCAUACCUGAGAAUUCUCCAACAAAUAUAAAUGUAGACCAAUUAACUUUGGACUUCAGGCGACAACUUGAACGAAUUAAGCAAAAUCAACUACUCAAAUCAGAUUAUAAAUCAGUUUCUUUAAAAAAUAAAUUGUCUGAUAUCUCUAACAACAGAGAUCAAAAAGGUUUUUUAACAAAAACAUAUCAAGGUAAAAUUAAUUAUUAUUUACCACAAAAGUUUAGAUCUAAAACUAAUCUACGUAAUUUGAAAAAAAAAUUUCGAGGUUAUAGAAGGUAUCCAUUAUCUUAUGAUCAAAAGAAGAAGUUAGAACAUUAUAAUAACGCAAUAAUUAACAGAGAUCAACGAAUAAAACAUGAAAAGCAUGGAAAAAAUUCUCAAACUAAUCCGAUCCGUCGUGAUUUUUAUCAAUUCCAUAAAUUUGAUAAUGCUGUAGAUGAUGACAACUAUCAAGAAAAAUCCUCUGGAGAUGAUAAAAAUAUCUCCAAAGAUUGGAAUCCAGAAGAAGCUGUUGAAAACUCUAUAAAUAAAAUAAAUCAAGUUGAAGUUCCUUCAGAUACUUAUAAAAAUACUGAACAACGAGUGAUUCAAUUGAGUGAACCACGUGUUGAGUCAUCUUGCUCGGUAGUAAAUAAAGCGAAUAGAGUGGGAAAUACAAGAGACGUCACUGCAAAUGAAUUUGAAAAGAAUGGUGCUGUUACCAAUGAUUGUACUGAAGAAAUCGAUGUUGAUGGUCAAGUGAUUUCAUCUUGCUAUAAUGACAGCAUUGUAAAUUAUGUAGAACCUACUAAGAGUUCCAAUAAAGAAGAGAUUAAUUAUGGAAGCAAAGAUAAAAAUUAUGAAAUAAUAAAUAACGGAAAUGUUAAUGAAACAAUGAAUAAUAAUGAUGACGAUAAAGUUAAGCAAGAAAUAUUUCCAAUAAAUAUUCAAGUUGAAGACUUUAAAGAGGUAGAACAGAUAAUACAAAACCCAGAAGACAUAAUAGAUCGUUUUAAUUCAACUGACACUGAUAACGAUAUAAAAAUAGAUGGUGAGGAUAAUACAAAUACUUAUGUUGCAAUAAAUGAUAAUUUACAGAAUGCUGCUUUAUUGACUUCAAUCAAUCGAGAAAAUAAACAUUCAAGUAAUAUGGAUAAUUCCAAAGGUCUUACAAACUCUCUGUAUGAAUAUGUUGAUAAAAAUCGUAAUGUAAUUGAAGAUCAAGAACCAGUGGCUAUUGCUUCUGAGAGGAUUUCUUAUCAUAAUGGUAUGCAAAAAAUUCAGAAAACAAAACCUGAUAAUGCACAUGUUAAUAUUGAUAAUGAAAAUUUUGAAAUAAGAAUUCGAAGGUCAGUUAAUGACAAUGUUUUAUUAAAAAAAUCGACAAAAGCUCAUAUUCCAAAACCUGAUGUGAAAAAAUGGAAAUCUAAAGCUAAAGAAAAAGUUAAAUGGGUUCCCAUGAAGACAUCUAUGAAGUCUAAAAAUUCAUGGAAGUUAUAUCCUAACGUGAAAUCUAUUAAUUAAUUAAAAUUAUUAAUUAAAAGUAUAUAUAUAUAACUAUUUUGCUUGCGUAUGUUAUAUAAUGAUUACUUAGCUAAUUUAGUUGAUAAAAUUAUUUGAUGCUUGUAUUUUUAA